AUGGAAGAGGUGAAACAAAAAUCGGCGAAACUCCUGAAUGGUCUUACGAAAACAGACUUCCAGCACUGCCUCGAGCAAUGGAAGAAACGAAUGAAACGGUGUGUGGUGAGGGGGGGGAGUAUAUUGAAGGGGAGCAUUUUAAUGUAGAAUAACUUUUAUAAUAAAACACUUUUUCGUAACCAGUCUCGUUAUUUAAUAGCCACACCUCGUAUAAUAGAACACCUAUGUCCCACACAUCAGCCGAGAGACGCAACGAUCCGGCUAGUAGGAGAAAGCCCCUCACUUACAACAGAUAUGGAAUUGAGACAAUCCGUGAGUUCAUUAAAGGCGAACAAAGUGCCAGGGAUAAAUGGAGUAUUGAAUAAAAUCUUAAGAGAAGUUGCCAAAUUAAGAUCAGGGCUCAUGCUGGACAUUUACGAUAGACUGAUACUGGCAUGGCAAUUGAGAUGGGAUCAGACCGAUAACGGAAAAUGGGCGUACCGGUUGAUUCCAGACAUCAAUAAAUGGUAUAAAAGAAACCACAGUAUGAUAGAAUUUCACCUAGUACAGACCCUCACAGGGCAUGGAUGCUUCUCGUCCUACCUGCACAGGUUUGUAAAACUAGCAUCUCCAACAUGCACAUUCUGUGAAUACCACAUCGGACGACGCUGAGAACACAUUGUUUGUGUGUGACGCUUUUCACACACAACGAUGGAAUAUAGGUAUAACCAUUGGUGAGGACUGAACUCCGGAAAGUUUAGUGGAGGUUAUGCCGCACUCAAAGGCCAACUUGGAAGCUAUCACCAACUUCAUAACGGCGUUCCUGAAGCGCAAGGAAGAGAAGGAGCGUGAACGACAACGGCCUCAACAAUAAAAACGUCAUCAAUCUACAUGAGAUAUCCAAGAUGGCAGGCAGAGCCGGCCCAAGAAGAGGAACUCAGCAUGAGAUGUCCAAGGUGGCGGUCAUGGACGGCCCGCAAAACGGAGCACAAGAAGACAACAGCUUCUAA